CAACAGCUCUAAUUUAACAGCUUGACUGGUUGAUCAUAGUGCUUCUUUACGACUUUGAAAUUAAAUUUUUCUACAUCAACAUUAAUACCAACAAUGGCCGACACAGAAGUAGCACCUGUAGCGGAGGCACCCACUGUUGCUAAACCUAAGACUCCAAAGAAGAAGGCGAGCAAAACGAAGACGACGACCAAAAAGCCAAUCAACCACCCGAAAUACUGCGACAUGAUCAAAGAAGCGAUCGGCGCGUUGAAGGAUCGUGGCGGAUCGUCGAGGCAGGCCCUGCUAAGGUACAUCAUGAAGCACUACAAAGUUGGAGAUGAGAAAUCCACGAACGCCCACCUGAAACUCGCCCUGCGUGCAGGAGUGAAAAAUGGAGGCCUGAAGCAGUCCAAGGGUACGGGUGCAUCCGGGUCCUUCAAAGUCGGAGAGGGAAAAACCACAAAAUCCAAGAAAGUGAAGAAGGUGAUGAAGCCAAAAUCUGCAGCAAAGCGUAAGAUCACCAAGAAGCCAAAGAAGUCGAAGUCGAAGAAAUCAGAUGACAAGAAGAGCAAGAGGAACAAGACCAAGAAAGUUAAGAAGUCUGCAGACAAGAAAUCGAAGACGUCGAAGCCCAAAAAACUGAAGGUCAACAAAACCAAGAAACCAAAGCCAGCAAAGAAGUGAGCGGUUAAUUCGGACUUUGAAAAACCCCUAAAAAAAAAAAAAUGUCAAUACCCGCAAAAAGGUGACUAAAUCAUAUGUAUAGCUGGUGCGAUUACAUAUUUAUUAAUUCUCAACGAGAGGACUAUAGACUAUUUCAUUCAAGUGCACAUUCUAUCCGUUGGCGUGGAGUGCUUCAGAGAAGUGGAAGUGUGGUGUGUAUAGUUCAUUAAAUGGACAGUGGUCAGUUAUCACAGUGCUUGAAGAAGCUGAAUGGUGUUUUUUCUUCAGACUGAAAAACGAUAUUUAUUAAUUUGGUGUGACCGAAUUGCCUGAAACAGAACGUUCGUACUCCAGAAAUUGUGUAUGUUAGAAACUGUUACGGUACGUAGUUAUUACCAUUUUAAAAUCACUGAAUGCUAAAGACUGUUAAGUGGACUUUUGAAACUAUUUGUUUUGAACUUUGUUUUAUACAACUCGGGACGUAUGUAAAUAUAUUCAUUUAUAAACAUAUUAAAUAUGUUUUAUGAAA